AUGCCCAUGGCUCACGGGAGGAUCGUUGCACUCCUCCGACCACGGCGAUUGAGUGCGACAAGUUCAUACCACAGUCGUAGACAGAGACCAGCUCUCGCACGAACCUACUUCUCAAUCCACCAUCCAGACCCCCCGCCCUUUCCCGAAACUCAAGAUCGAAUCCUUGCGGCUGCCGUUGGUCGAGUACCCCAGCAUGGUUUCACGGAAACGGCGCUGGCUUUAGGAUCGAAAGAUGCUGGAUACCUAGAUGUGACUGUCCAACUCUUUCCCCGCGGGGCCUUUGAUCUGAUCAAUUACCACCUGGUCACCCAAAGACAUGCGUUAAAAGAUAUUGUACAAUUCCCAGAGAAUUCCCCGUUGGGCUUGGGAGCAAAAGUAAAGACGUUGACCAUGGCACGGUUGAGGGCAAAUGCAGACAUUAUACACCAAUGGCAAGGGGCCCUCGGUUACAUGUCCCUCCUCGAGAACAUCCCUGCCUCAAUGAAAGAACUCUAUGCCUUGUCGGAUGAGAUUUGGUAUCUCGCAGGAGACACCGCUGUCGAUUUCUCCUGGUACACCAAGCGAGCCUCCCUCGCCGGCGUCUACGCAAGCUCGGAGCUGUUCAUGACAAGGGAUACGUCAAAGGAUUUCUCGGCAACAGAAGAGUUCCUCGACCGCAGACUGAAAGACGUACAAGUCCUCGGCGGCACUGUUGGAGGAUUGUCACAAUAUCUUGGCUUCUGGGCGGGCAACAGCGUGAAUUUGGCCAGGUCUUGGGGUAUGAGAGUGUGA